CUGCCGGCGCUGGAGGCGGCCGGCUAUCCCGGCGUGGCGCGGCUGCCGUACUCCCUCAAGAUUCUGCUGGAGAACAUGCUGCGGCGGGAGGACGGCCGCUUCGUCACGGCGCGCGACAUCGAGACGCUCGCCCGCUGGACGCCCGGCACGCACACCGAGAUCGCCUUCAUGCCGGCGCGCGUGCUCCUGCAGGACUUCACCGGCGUGCCGGCCGUCGUGGAUCUGGCCGCCAUGCGCGACGGCAUCGCGCGCCUGGGCGGGGACCCCGAGGCGGUGAACCCUGCGCAGCCGGCCGAGCUGGUCAUCGAUCACUCGGUGCAGGUCGACUACUUCGCCCGGCCGGACGCGUUCGACCUGAACGCGAAGCUUGAAUUCUCCCGCAACCGCGAGCGCUACGCGUUCCUGAAGUGGGGCCAGGAGGCGUUCCGCAACUUCCGCGUCGUGCCGCCGGGUACCGGCAUCGUCCAUCAGGUGAACAUCGAGUAUCUGGCGCGGGUGGUCUGCCGGGACGGGGCAAACGGCGACGCGACCGCCUAUCCCGACACGCUCGUCGGGACCGACUCGCAUACCACCAUGGUCAACGGCCUCGGCGUCGUCGGCUGGGGCGUGGGCGGCAUCGAGGCGGAGGCGGCCAUGCUCGGGCAGCCGAUCUCGAUGCUUAUCCCGGACGUCAUCGGCUUCCGGCUGGUGGGCGCGCUGCCGGACGGCACGACCGCUACCGAUCUGGUGCUGACCAUCACCGAGCAGCUCCGCCAGUACGGCGUCGUCGGCAAGUUCGUGGAGUUCUGCGGUCCCGGGCUGGCGUCGCUGACGGUGGCCGACCGGGCGACACUCGGGAACAUGUCGCCCGAGUACGGCUCCACGGUGGCAAUCUGCCCGAUCGACGACAUGACACUGGACUACCUCCGGCUGACCGGCCGCGACGGCGCGCAGGUCGAGCUGGUCGAGGCGUACGCCAGGGCGCAGGGGCUGUUUGCCGCGGCGGCCGAGGAACCGCUCUACACCGACGCGAUCGAGCUUGACCUGGCGACGGUCGAACCGAGCCUGGCCGGACCCAAGCGCCCGCAGGACCGCGUGCCGCUGCACAGCGCGAAGGCGGCGUUCGCCGGGGUGCUCGACGAGCUGGCCGCGGGCCGCAACGCCCCGGCCGGCGGGUCUGGCAACGGCUCCGGCGCGGGCGUCGAGGACGGCGCGGUCGUGAUUGCCGCCAUCACCAGCUGCACGAACACCUCCAACCCGAGUGUCAUGAUCGCGGCCGGGCUCGUGGCGCAGCGGGCGCAGGCGCUCGGGCUGCGUCCCAAGCCCUGGGUGAAGACCAGCCUGGCGCCCGGCUCCCUCGUGGUGACGGAGUAUCUGCGGGCCGCCGGCCUGCUGGAGCCGCUCGAGCAGCUCGGCUUCGGCCUGGUCGGUUACGGCUGCACCACCUGCAUCGGCAACAGCGGCCCGCUGCCCGACGAGGUCGCCGCGGCGGUGCGCGACAACGACCUGGUCGUCACGUCCGUACUCAGCGGCAACCGCAACUUCGAGGGGCGCGUACAGCCGCUCGUGCGCGCCAACUACCUUGCCUCGCCGCCGCUGGUCGUGGCGUAUGCACUGGCCGGCCGGAUGACGGUCGACCUGACGCGCGAGCCGCUCGGCGCGAUGCGAACGGCGCCGACGUGUAUCUGA